UGUAAGAUUUCAAGAUUUCACAGCCUCAGUCCGCAGUGGACCAUCAUCCGACCGGUACUCCACAGUUCCCCGACAUCCGAUACCUACCCGGCCGGUCUGGUCUUUUGACUUUUCGUUUGAGCCUUGGUCUUGGUUUUAAUAACCAUACAUAAGCCAUGACCUCAACUACUGCGCCAACGCAAACAGCGCUCGUCCCUCCAAACAAUACUGGGAGGCUACGAUACGCAGACGCUAAAGAUCUACCUAGCUACCCUUCUUCCGGUCUCAAAAACAACGACGCAGCUGCCAGUGCCGCCGCAUCUUUGGGAUGGGCUAACAGGAAAUCGGUCGAAUACCCAAAACCAGAGAUAUCGACAGCUCCCACUUCUUCAGCCGCGACUCUGGGAUGGACAAACACCAAAGUAGUUGAACAUCCAAAGGCAGAGUUAUCAAAGACACACGCUUCUCACGCCAAUACCGCUGCAGUCCUGGCUAACGGCCAAAAGAUGGCGUCACCAACGAGUAACGGUUUGGAGGUUUCGCAACCCAAGAGCAAUGCGGCAGGAUCACAAGCGGCUAUCUCGGCAUUACGUGCAGCUCAAAGACAACAAAACCAGAUUUUCCAACAGAAGCAACAGCAACAACCCCAACCUCAGCAGCCUAAACCUACCUUGGAUACCUCAAACUGGGGGAACUCGGCUGCGAAUUUGGCCUUCAAGGGACACAAGUCACCUAGCUCUUCUACACCAACCGUUGCAGAGACACAAGGUUCCGCCUUGACACGACAAGCAUCACUGCGCGCAGCAAGGGAUGCCGUGGCCGGACGACGCCCGCGAUCGCGAUCGCAACCCCAGCCAGUGACCGAAAACACAGCAUACCCCGAUAAAGAAAACGCAGCCUCCAAUGCCCUUAGCGCCGCGACCAAGUCGAUGCGCCCGCCUAGUAUUCGUUCGACCGACGAAGCCGGCGCCGUUCCGUACACGACCAUGAGCAGACAAAUGUUUACGUCCCGACCCCCUGUCAAGCCCGAAGUCGACGAGAAGAAUCGGCAAGACGUUCUCCACGCUUCCGCUUUGGCCAUGGCCAAGCGCAUGUACACCCAGCAACAAAAAAUGAUCGACCAGUCCAAGCAGGUCCAAGGACGCAGGUCCUCCUUUGAGCGCCACGGCACCGGCGACCCGACAGCCAACAACGACGAGGUGGAACGCCCUCCGGUGGUAUACAACAGCCUCCAAGACGCCGCCUACCGUCUCGCGCAGGAACGUCUCGCCAAGCUGCACGACGAACACCAAAAGAACCGGGAGAUGCAGGAGUACUACACGGGCGCUUCGCCCUCCAACCAAGGCACUAACGCCGGCGCAUUCGGCAGCAUCCGGAACAAACUCACCAGACGUCGGUCUUCAAGCGACGGCGACAUCAUCGUCGCCAACGACCGCCAGCGCUCCCAGCAUAUCCGCAAGCAAAUGUCCCUCUUCAACACCAAGAUCGCUGAAGUCGACGAGCAGAAGCGGGCGCGCGAUCGCGAAGCACUUUUGCAAGCCGCUCAGCGCAACGUCAAGGCGCGGUUACAGGGAAUGGACGAGAAACUGUAUGCGGAAAAGGGGGUGAUGAUUCCGCACACAAGCAAGAGCGAUUGGGAGGUGAAGGCACACGCGGCGGCGCAGGCGAGGUUUGAUGCGAGCAACAGCAAGAGGCCAAUGGAUGCGGGCCAAGUGGAUAUCGGCGGCGGGAAGAUGGUAGACAGGGCGAAGGUGGAGGAUAUUGCCGCGAAGAGGGUGCAGCCGUUGCUGGAUGAGAUUAAUGAAAAUGCGGAGAAAGAGAGGGAGAGGAGGGCGGCGGUGAAGAUGGAGGAGGACAGGAAGAGGGAGGAGGUGGAGAAGAAUAAGAUGCGGGAGAAGGAGGUGGCGAUGUUGCAUAAGCAAUUGAAAGACCAGCAAAAAGACAAAGAAAAGGCUCUAGCGGCAGAAGUCAAGAGAGAGGAAAGGCAGCGAAAGGAGGAGGAGAAGGCGGCCAAGGCUGAGCAGAAGAGACUGGCUAAGGAGGCCAAAGAGGAAAAGCAAAUUGGAAAGGGGAAGGAGCUCGCUACGGCUGCUGACUUGGACCAAAGUUCUUCUCCGGACGAGAAACCAACGGGCCCGUUACUGGUUGCCCAUAGGAGGACAGACAGUUCGGGACUGACCAGGUUGUCCAUGCCAUUCCAAAGACGCACAUCGCCGCCUCAAAGGGCUUCAACAACACCAGACGGGGGAGCGAGUCCCAUCUUGGAACCGCAAUCAGCAGCAUCACCAACUAGCAAGGUGAAGGCCUGGCUAAAGAACCGCUUCUCCCGUCCCAGAGCGGCAUCCGGCGCAUCUAUCGCUUCGUCGAGAGUCGAUACACCGGCAGACGGUGCCGCUGACGCUGCCAGCCCCGAUAUGAACAGGGGUUUCAUCGGCGGCGUGGCACUAACCCGCAAGCUGGAGGAGAACAACCCCAGUGUCCCCUCCAUUGUCGGAGACGACCACAGCGGGCCGGGAAGUAUCCGCGAAGUCGCCCUCGCCGGCCUCUCGGCGCCCACCCCCGUCCAUCCGCCGAUGACAACGACGCCAGCCAUAAACCUAUUAGCGGCGGCGCAAGACGAACCCGGUGAGAGCAGUGGCCUUACGACCGUCCCUUAUAACUCCACCAGCGCCCUAGGCACCGCCGCUUUGAAGCCUUCAUCUCGCCCUAUUAGCGCCAUCGGCGGCUUCGACGCAGUGGCUACCGUCACUACCACCACCACUACUACUACCACCAAACCGGCAGUCAGUGACCGCCCUCCCUCCCUAUCAGUUGAGACCCAACAACCACAACUCGUCCUCCCCUAUGUCACCACCACCAUCACCGCCAACCCAGCCGAAGCAGAAACCAACUCCGUCAGCAGCCUAAGCAGCUCAGACUUAAGCGAUAGCGUCUACAGCAGGGUGAGCGAUAACAGCGCUUCACCUCCUGGACAAGACAACUACAAAGACAACGAAAACGACGACGAGUUCCUAGAAGCAAGAAGCACCUUCUCCAGCGAUGGACCGCUUACACCACCCUCCGCGGGGUUCCCUUCGGUGAUGAAUGGGAUGAAGGUGGCUGUUAAUGUUACGCAGCCUACUCCCGGUGUAGAUGGUGCUGAGGAAAAGGGCUACGGGCAGUUCUUGAUGGCUGAUCCUAGGGCUAGCACGGGGACCGGAGUAGGAAGUCUGAGGGAAAGGCCGGUGAGUUCGGGGGGGCUGAGUGUGGGACGGUCGUCGGUGGGGGGUUGUGGGAGGAUUAGUCCGUUUAGAGAGAGUAGGUUUUCGGAGAAUUUUGAUAAGGAGGAUUAAGGGGGGGUAUGAGAUUUUAUGCUUUGUUUGUGGCAUUUCGGGUCUUUUGGAUGGUUGAUACCCUUUUAGGGGCGUCCGGAUGGAUUGAUGGAUGGGUAAUG